AUGCGCCUGGACAAGAUUGACAAAACCGCCGCAGGCCUGGGCUUCAAGUCUCCCCACCAGAGGAGAAGGACCGUGUCCUGGCUACUUCUGGAUGCCAGCAACAAAGGGCUCCACAUUGAUGGAGGCUAUUGGAGUGGACACACACGCGACGAAGGUCCCGCGCCAUACACUCCCAAGAAAUGGCACAACUAUCAAAUCAUCUUCUCCAAUGACAAGAUCGCCAUGUUUAUUGAUGGCAGGUUGAUGAAGCUGCAAGCCGCUACCAGUUGGAACGUCGAGCAGUUUGUUAUCCGGUCCUGGAGAAACACCGCAGAUGUGAUGGGGAUCACCAGCGUCUCUGAAGCCACUUUCCUCACAGUUCGGAGCACUUCUCAUUCAACCGAUGCGAAGAAAAAAUACUUCAACUUCAACAUGGAUGAUCUCAACCUUCGAGCCAACAAGGACUACAUCCGUUAUCUCCGGCAGUGCCGCAACGGCCAUCUCCGGUGGCAAGGAAGUGUGAGAAUAUUUACGGACAAGGGAUUUGGAGGAAACAAUGCUCACGGUCGAAGGGACAAGACGGCCGGGGAAAACCAGUUCGAAGUCGGCGAUAUCCUCACGUCAGCUUGGAGCUGCCGAUGA